UUUCCGUGCGCAGGUAGAGCAGGUGACCAGCCUUUCUUUAGCGGGAAGCCACGCAGGGCCCGGGCACCUUUCAUCAAUUGGCAGGAGUUCAUGAGUGUGAAAAUUUCUCAUUCUUUGCCUUGAAAAUCCGUUUCCGACGCGCUACCGCGAAUGAAAUUUGAUCCUAUGUUGGCCCAGGUUUUCGACAAGGCCGUUUAACUUGUGCUCACAUCUUGACCGGUCAAGUACGAUGGUCCAACUACACAACGAAAGCUCGCCGCAACCAGAGCUAGCCUACCUAGGCCCUGAGGGCACAUAUUCUCAUCAGGCCGCCUAUGAGCUUUGUGGGGACUCUGUUCGAUAUGAGCCUCGGUCUUCGAUACGAGAUCUUGGGGUCUCGAUCACUGAUCCCAACCGUACAGCACGAUUCGCUUUCAUUCCUCUGGAGAAUUCCACCUUCGGAUCUGUUGUGGAGACCUAUGACAUUCUUAGGCAUCCGGCUCUUGGGAAGACCGCGUUCAUUCGAGGGGAACAGAUUCUCUCCGUGAGGCAUUGCCUAAUUGCCCUUCCAGGAACUAAGAUUGAGGACAUCACCUCAGUCAGCAGUCAUGAACAAGCUCUAGGCCAAUGCACCGAGUACGUUCGUAGAGUGCUCCCUAACGCUACAAAAGUGCCAGUGACCUCCACUGCAUUUGCUGCUAAAUCAUUGUUGGAGCAUGCGGACGACGUGGUCUAUAAUCGUGCCGCAAUAUCGGCGGCUAUUUGUGCCAAACUAUACGGUCUCGUAAUACUCGAGGAAGGGAUCCAAGAUGGGGAAGCCAACCAGACACGCUUUCUGUUAUUCCAUGACAGUGCCGAUGAGCCCUUGCCACUCGACAUCCGGCCCCCACUGCAAUAUCGAUCCCUCCUUCGCAUUCAGCUGGAUGAUAUUUGUAAACCACACCCAGCAGGGUCCUACCUAAUCCUUCCCUCUCCGCGUCCUUGCCAAGAUUGCUUCGGUCCCUCAUCUCACGAUAACGCGAAUUGAUCGUCGUCCAUCCCUUAGCCCACAGCAAUUUCAUGAUGUUGUUUUUGUUGAAGUGCAGGGUACUUUCUCAAACCCAGCACUUCUGCGGAAGAUAUUGGGAAGGAGCAGACAUGGAAGGCCGCGCUCAGCAAGUGUGUCGCCGGCAUGAAAGAGCUGUUAGGUGUAGGGAAGGGACGCAGAGGCGAGGUAACCAGCCUUGGAAAUUGGUAGACGUAUUGUACAUAGAGUUUAACGCAAUUUCGAAUGGAUGCACAGUGUGUAAUUAGCAUGGAUGACACAAAUGUUACAGAACUAUCGGAG